CUUCUUCCCACAAUCACUCAUUAGUUCCCGUUGGAAACGACAGGCUGUGGUCUAUCUUGGUUUAGUUAUAGAAAUAUUUGCUCUCCCUCGAGCGGGUAUCAUCAGCGUCUCGGCUCGAGACAAGUUAGUUAUAAUAGUACCCCCCACCGAAACAGAUGACUGUUGCAUAGGCCUACAUGACCUAAUGAGAUGUUGGACUCAGAAGACUGCACUUUGUCCCUGGAUAACCUCUUCUUUGAGAGGCCAGUUGUCCACAAAGUAAAGCCACUUUGUCACGAGCAGAGUUCUUGGCAGUUGAAACCCCCUCUGUCCCUCUCCCAGAUCCCAGCCACUCAGGACAUCCAGAAAGAGGCAGAGGGUCUUUCAUCAUUCAGUUUCUCUCAGAAGUCCAACAAAUUCCUUCCCCCUUUGAAAAGAGCAGCUGACGGUGAUGCUUUCACUCCCAAGAAUAACAAAUUAAAUCAGAAUACCAGUGAUGGAAGAAAAGAACCUGAGGCACAGAGCGGGUGUGCCCUUUGGGCUCGGGAAGACUUCAUGAAUAAAUCCCAGGAUACCCAAAAGGUUAGAGGUCAAACUAAAACCCCACAUGAGUCUGGUCAUGCACUGGAGCAGAAACAUUUCUCUCUGGAGUUCAGCCAAAGCCCACCUCUACGGAGAAGUUUGUUCAAACCUCCCUGUGGCCAGGUGUUGAACAGCAGCGCAAACUCAAACAGAGGCCUCAACCAGGCACGACCCGGAGUGCAGCAAACCUUCGACCAGGUUUCUAUGGCGACAGAGCCUCGGCUGGCAAAGCAGUCAGCAGCAGGCUCCGGCCCCCUCACCGAUCUGGGCCCGCCUACAGCCCGGGGACAACCACAGAAGACACAGGACAAGGGCACCAAGAGGGCUCAUGUUCUCCCCAUGACACCCCAACCCCUUCACAUACAAAAUACUUCUGGGCCUGGGAUACUCCGACCAAUCUCUGAAAUCCCUGCUAAAUUUAGAUCGGUCUUCAAAGAGUUCCCUUACUUCAACUAUGUUCAAUCAAAAGCCCUAGAUGACGUUCUAUACACGGGUAAGAACUUUGUGGCUUGUGCUCCUACGGGCUCUGGUAAGACUGUGCUUUUUGAGUUGGCCAUCAUCCGCCUACUGAUGGAGACCACAGAGCCCUGGAGAAACGUCAAAGCUGUGUACAUGGCCCCCAUCAAAGCUCUAUGCAGCCAGCGCUUUGAGGACUGGAAGAACAAAUUUGGGCCUCUGGGCCUGAGCUGCAAGGAGCUGACUGGAGACACAGAGAUCGACGACUUCUUUGAGAUUCAAGACGCCAAUAUCAUCAUGACCACACCUGAAAAAUGGGACAGCAUGACGAGGAAGUGGAGGGAUAACUGCCUGCUGCAGUUGGUCCGGCUUUUCCUUAUUGAUGAGGUGCACGUGGUGAAGGACCCUAUGCGUGGAGCCACACUAGAGGUGGUGGUGAGCAGGAUGAAGGCGGUCCAUGCCUACCGUGCAGCAGAGAACCCUCAGGAGGAUGUCUCCAUGAGAUUUGUGGCCGUCUCCGCCACCAUCCCCAAUACCAAGGAUAUAGCAGACUGGCUGUGUGACGACAGAGACCCUGCUACUUGUCUGGAGAUGGAUGAGAGUCACAGACCGGUAAAACUGAGGAAAGUAGUGCUGGGUUUCCCCUGCAACAGCAACCAGACUGAGUUCAAGUUCGACCUGUCACUCAACUACAAGAUGGCCAACAUCAUCCAGACCUACUCGGACCAGAAACCAACACUUGUUGUUUUUUUUAAAUAUAUUUUUAAACAGUUUUGUUCAACAAGGAAAGGAGUCCAGCAGUCGGCCACUGUUCUGGCCAAGGAUGCCAGGUUCAUCAUGAGUAUUGAACACAAACAAAGGUUGGUGAAUUAUGCGAACUCUCUCCUGGACUCAAAACUCAGAGACUUGGUGUCGUUUGGAGUUGGUUUCCACCACGCCGGAGUUGACGUGUCAGACAGGAAGCGAAUCGAGGAGGCCUUCAACAUGGGAGACCUGCCUGUGCUGUUUACAACUAGUACUCUGGCGAUGGGGGUGAACCUGCCAGCCCACCUGGUGGUAAUCAAGUCCACCACGCACUACAUCGGGGGCGCCUGUGAGGAGUACAGCGAGGCCGACAUGCUGCAGAUGAUUGGCCGAGCAGGCCGGCCACAGUUUGAUACAUCAGCGACCGCAGUGAUCAUGACCAAGACUCAAACCAAAGACAAGUACAUGCAGUUCAUGAAUGGAGCGGAAAUCAUCGAAAGCAGCCUGCAUACCCACCUGGUGGAGCACCUGAACGCUGAGAUUGUCCUCCACACCAUUUCAGACGUCAACAUGGCCCUGGACUGGAUCCGCUCCAGCUUCCUCUACAUCCGAGCUCUGAAGAACCCCAAACACUAUGGCUUUUCCACUGACUUGGACCGAUGUGGAAUCGAAGACAAAUUGCAAGAGCUCUGUCUGAAGAACUUGAAUUCCCUGGCCUCCAUUGGUCUGAUCUCCAUGGAUGAGGAUGUUAACAUCAAAGCUACAGAGGCAGGCAGGCUGAUGGCAAGGUACUGUGUUGCGUUUGACACCAUGAAGCAGUUCAGCAAGGUGACAGGCACUGAGACCUUACCUGAGCUGAUAGAAUUGGUGGUGAAGGGCAGAGAGUUCACUGACGUGCAGCUGAGAGUGAACGAGAAGAGAACCCUGAACAUGUUGAACAAGGACAAGAACAGGAUCACUAUCAGGUAUCCCAUGGAGGGAAAGAUCAAAAACAAAGAGAUGAAGGUGAACUGUUUGAUUCAAGCCCAGUUUGGCUCCAUUCCAAUCCAAGAGUUUGGACUUGCACAGGACACAGGGAGAAUCUUCAGAAAUGGAGUCCGAAUCAGCAGAUGCUUGGCAGAGUUUCUGAACCAGCGCUCCAAGACAGACUUCUCUGCUCUACUCAACUCCCUGAUACUGGCCAAGUGCUUCACGGCCAAGCUGUGGGAGGACUCUCCUUAUGUCUCAAAGCAGCUGGAGAAAAUAGGGUUGUCUCUGUCGACGGCCAUGGUGAACGCUGGGCUCACCACUUUCAACAAGAUAGAGCAGACCAACGCCAGGGAACUGGAGCUGAUUGUCAACAGACAUCCUCCGUUUGGAAACCAAAUCAGAGACGCUGUCAUGAAUCUACCCAAGUAUGAAGUUAGUUUGGAGCAGCUUCCAAGAUACAACAUCGCCACCGCAGAGAUUGUCGUGACCGUGAAUGUGAAAAACCACGAACAGCUACUGUCAAAGAGAACCACUCAUGACCACCACUAUGUCACAAUGAUCAUCGGGGACUGUGACAACAACGUGGUCUUCCUGCAAAAACUCACAGACUUGAUGCUGUUGAAGUCGGGAAACUGGUCAAAGAAGAUCGAAGUGGCGAAAGCCUUCAAAGGAGAGGAGAUCAGCGUGAAUCUAAUCAGCUCAGAAUACGUGGGGUUGGACAUUCAGCAGAAGUUUAGUGUCUUCUACUCUGGACCAAAGAGGUACGGAGGUGAAUCAUUCACACCUGAGCAACAUGACACGAUGCACAUAGCACAGGCUAACGCUCAGAGAUCACAGGGUGCAACACAGAGAACACAGCCAACAGGUCAGCAAACACAGGCUACGGCACAGAAGAGAACCUCCACAUCCACAGAAAAGGUUCCAGGCAAAAGACAAUGUAACCACUUCUGCAAAAACAAGGAUCAGUGUGGCCACGACUGCUGUCAAAAUGGAGUGCCGGUGGUUCUGAAGAGGCCUAUGAAUCAGCAUUCGAGUUUCUCCUCCUACCUCCAAGACCUGAAGACCAGGAGUGACACACUGACAGAGACUCCAGUCAAACGCCUCAAAAUGAGAAUGAGUGGUAGGACUGGGGCUACGAACAUUCAGCACUUUUCUUAUACGCCUGCUGCUUGCAGGUUUGUAGGUAAUCAUUAUGGCGCUUCAACAAUACAACAGAGUGUGGAAUCAGCUGAGGACUUUGCAACACCCCAAGAGAUGGCAUAUCUUGAGAACUUUGACCAUGAGUAUACUGACUACCUGGAAGACAUAUAUCAGACAAUGGGAGAAGAGGAACCACCACAUAUUCAAACCCCUGCAGAGUCACAAAGCACUUCAAUGUGGAGGAAACCCAGUGCAUACAACGGAGGGUCACUCAGCCACAGCACCCCCCAAAGCCAGGGCAUGGGUUACUCCCAAAGCCACAGCACUACUCAAAGCCAGAGCACGGGUUACCCACAGAGCCACAGCACCCACCAAACCCAUAGCAUGGGUUACCCCCAAAGUCAUUUUCACCUUCAAAACCAGAGUAGGGAGGAAACCCAGAGUCACAAUACCCCCCAAAGCCAGACUAGCGGUUACAGCACUCCCCAAAGCCAGAGCAGGAGUUUCUCUCCGAGUCCCAUCGUAGACUUGACCGAUGACAGUGGCUUCCUCUCGUCGUCACACACCCCCAGCGUGACCUUUGACCUGGGAGACGAAUGGGAUGAUUUUGACGACGACAACUUAGUUCAUGCCAGUGAGACAUCAUGCACCACUGUAGCUAACACUCAGGGGAUUGACCGUGACAAGCUGAAAGGUCACUCAACACCACUACCAUCCACUUAUGUACAACCCAAACCCCGCUUCACUGUGUCCAGUGCCCCACUCAGGUCAACCUCCCCAGUUAUUCCUCAGAAAGCAGUUACUAGUCUCUCAGUCAGACCAUAUAACCUCCAGGCUUCUGCUCCCUGGAGCCACUCUGACAACAAGGCCACAAGGACAUUCAGUGAACCCUCUGUGAAAGCACCCUCCUUCCCGAAACAGACUGAUACAAGCAUGGCUCCACUGGGAGGACAGUUUGAUUUCUUCUCAAAGACCACUACCCCAAACAAUGACAAUGCGACUGGAAAAAGGCUCCAGGGAGAGGACAACAGCAAGGAAGUGGAUGCAUUCAUGGGUAUAUUUGAUGGACUAUUUUAGAAGUGUAUAUAGUUGUAUGGACGGGUUCCAUGACAAUGUUUCAUGUUACUGUGUAUGUUAUACUUUAUUUAUACUGUUUGCUGUUUGAGAUGAACUGUUAGAUUUACUGUUGAUCCUAUUUGAAAAUGUUUAUCAUUCAGGAGUAGGAACAUUCGAUCAUCAUUAGCAGGUGGUCAAAAAAGUAUUAUAUAUCUAUGUACUUAAUUGAAUAAACACAAUAUUUAUUCAGAGGAAGUCUGAGGGGAUUAUAUCUGAAUAUUAUCAUUUUUAUAUUGACAUCUAGGAAAGUAUCAAACCUAAACGCGUGUGCGUGGACAAUCCUAUGAGUGGAGUGUUUCCACAUGAUAUGGGUAAAGUUUAAUGUGGUAGGGGGGCUGGCGAGUGGUAUUUUGUUUUUUGGGGGGUAGAAGUUAGUAAGGAAUUAUUUGGUUUUGAAUUUUAUUUUCAUGGUUGUAUAGAAUUGGGCAGAUCAUGAUUGUUCGUACACAGUGGCGAUUUUAGCAUAUAAGUCUUGGUGGGGAAAACUCAAAUGUUAUUUGUUGUUGUUGAUGCAUGCCAGCAAAGCCACUACACAACACUAAACAAUACAUUAAUUGCACUAUGACGAUGACACACGGUGCCCACAAACUGUUAGGGCCUACAUAAACCUGUCCCAACAGCAGAGCUUUCUUUCCAGCACAAUGGAGUGAAUCCUUACCACUGCUACACCUGGUCAUUAGCGGGGCCUUGUCUGGCAGCGAAACAGUUAAUUCAUUCUCGUUUACUGCCUUUUUUUAAAACAUAGCUGAUAUGGCUGACUUGCAACAAGUGUGGUUUCUAUGGGCAAUUGAGAUGUACAAACUAUGGCAUAAGGGAACGAUAAGAGGCUAUACGUAAUUUCGAUGAAGACAUUAAUGAGCGAGCUAAGACGGAUGUUGUCAAUAUAACUAUUCGUUCAGCACUUUUGAAAUAUACAGUGACAAAAUUCAGAACAUGAGGCGUUCUUACAGUAUUUUCCCUGUACACCAAGUCAGAACCGUAGGAUAAGUAAAGGCGGCAUAUAAGAAGACAGUGAAAGCUCUUACAAUAUUCGAUGAUGACAUUUCUCUAAAACAGGCUAUAUGAUACAUGUGCACCACCAAGUCAGAACAGUAGGCUCAGUUAUGAGGGGGAAAGGGACCAAAUUAUUAGGGUGAGGCACAUGGGCUACUAACAGCUACUACACAACAUAUACUUAGUAUUACUUUCUUAACCACAGUAUACAUAUCCCCUUCACAUAUUACAUCAUUUCUGCAGCAGCAUAUAAGACAUUUUUGGACUCACCUUGUUGUGCAGUGCCCACUUGAACAAGGACAGUGGCGCGGCAGUCAUUCUUGUGGUCAAAUGUUGUAAUCAAAGUCUGGCAUUCUCUGGAUUUAUGGUGCUUUCAAGACAACUGGGAACUCGGGAAAAGGUUGAUCUAAAAAGAAGCCCAAGUUCCCUUGGAAUUCCGAGUUGGAUGACUGUUCAAAACUUAUUUUCCCAGUCAGAGCUCGUUUUUUUCCGGGUUCCCAGUUGUCUUGAACUCACUGAAGUCUGAGAUUUUCCUGUUCCUAUUUUUUCAGUUGUUUUGAACAUGGCAGAAGUCAUGCAGGAUUGACAGCAUGGCAAAUGUAUUUAACAUUUUCUGGCCCAUGGUGUUGCAUGUGAAUGUUUAUCCUUUUAAGCUUGGAAAAUAGACUCUUAAACCCAGACUUGGACCACACACCCUCUUCACUGAAUAGCAGGCUAGUGAUCGCUUUGCAACGCUGACAGUUAUCCACUGAUUCAUUCCAAACCACUCAUUGUUUAAUUUCUGAUUUCCAACGGCCAAUGAGCACCGAUACGGGGCGCUGGUAGCCUAGUGGUUAGAGGGUUGGGCCAGUAACUGAAAGGUUGCUAGAUCAAAUUCCCGAGCUGACAAAGUAAAAAUAUGUUGUUCUGCCCCUGAACAAGGCGGUUCACCCACUGUUCCUAGGCUGUCAUUGUAAAUAUGAUUUUGUUCUUAACUGACUUGCCUAGUAAAAUAAAGAUAAAAAA